GAUUUCCCAGCUCGGUAUUUGUUUGACGGUGAGAAGAAGUUUGGCCUCCCUUUUCUCCUUUUCAUCUAUACUCAACAUGGCGAUUCGUGAGGAUCUUGUGGUAUCUGCUGUUACAUUUCUUCAGGACCCAAGUGUCUCUGCAUCACCCUUGGAGAAUCGAAUCGCGUUUUUGCAAUCAAAAAAUCUUACACAGGAGGAAGUCGAUGCGGCAUUAGGAAGAGCCAGCGGCGAACAAUCGCCAGCACCACAGAACUAUUCGAAUUAUGCACCACAACAACAAGUCGUAAGACAACCUCAGCCUGGGUAUGGGGGCUAUCAACAAUAUCCAUGGCAACAGCCUCCCCCGCCCGAAGUACCAAAACGAGACUGGAGAGAUUGGUUUAUCAUGGCCACGGUAACGGGUGGCAUAGGAUACGGAGCAUAUUUUCUGGCUAAGCGUUAUAUCUAUCCAGUAAUCGCUCCUCCCACGCCUCCUCAACUGGAACAAGAUAAGAAGGAGAUUGACGAUUCUUUCGAAAAAGCAUUCUCUCUCCUUGACCAGUUAGCUAAAGAUACCGAAACUCUCAAGACAACCGAGCAAGAACGAACAGAGCGAUUAGACAUAGCCUUAACCGAAGUAGAGACUGUGAUUAACGAACUGAAAUCUGCGAGCCGAAGAAGGGAUGAAGAAUCUCGACGUAUGGGCGAUGAGGUCAGGGGGCUCAAGGAUUUAAUACCCAGAGCCAUGGAAGGUCAGAAGGAAGUGACAGACAGUAGAUUGAAAGAGUUGGCUGUGGAAAUGAAGAGUUUGAAGACAUUGAUGGGUCAAAGAAUGAAUCCAACCCCGGCAAUUAACCCAACCUCGAAUAUGACUCCAUACAACAGAAUUCAAAGUUCGGCUGUACCAUCGACUCCUACUCCAAUCACUUCGAUUACCACUCCUAGCAUCUCUACUCCUGCCGCUGAUUCACCCACUGAAACCAGCACUCCACGCCCAGCAUCAGUCGGUACCAGCUCAGGUACUGAAGCCGUAGCAUCUGUUCAAGGUCGAAAUGUCACUCCAUUCAAUUUCAGUACAGGUGCAUCGGCAGGAGGAGCAAAAAUUCCAGCAUGGCAAAUGGCAGCUGCAACUAAGAGCACUAGCUCUAUUCCAACCACUACCACCACAAAUGGGACACCAGAAGCAAGCGGGUCAGCUCAGGCAUAAUUGCAACAUCGGCAUAUCUGGAGUCAAUGAAAUUGCAUGGGACGGCGCGUUAGGGUGUUAAUGAUUGGAGACGGAGAUCUUGGAAUAUAUUGCGUAGUGUGUUUACAAUAUAAUUUAAUGAAAUACGACUGUCUGUAUUGAGUCUGUUUUACAAACGGAGAGCUUAGAUUUCGGUCAAUGGCAGGGAAGUUGAUUUGUUUGGCGCUACGUUUAACAGUCGUAUGAGAAUUCAUUUAAAUGUACACUGAAAAGUCUAAGUCAAGGAGGAACAAUGGUCAUUCUCAUAUUGUCCUAUACAUUUAUCGUCAAUCUAUGUUUGAUAUCA